UCGGGUCAGUGACGUGGCGCAUUGAUUUGCACUUCCAGGAGCAAUAAAUAUUAUAUAUUAAUAUAAAAUAAGUUUAAAAUUCUAUAUAAGCUUUAAUCUCGUAUUAUUUGUCCUCCUCACUGUUCAUAAUUAUGUGAAAAAAUCAAAAUUAGGUAACUUUUAGACUAUUAAAGUGGUCAAUUGUCAUAUGGUCAAACAGCAUUCACUUAAACUUAUUUAAGACAACUGCAUUAAAAAUGAUUAAAAAUGAUCAAAGAUUAUCAACUUUUUAAUUUGGCAUAUUUUUUCAAGUCUUAAGAUAAGCAUAUUAAAGUAUCAGUGAGAUAGAGUUUCAAGAAAUGUCAUUAGUAUCUAAAACAAAUUGUUCCGCAAAGACACAUUUUCCCUAUGUCAUAUGGUCAAACAAAGUUUGGAAGCCAUUUUGGACCUGCAUAUUAAUGACUCAAGUCAUGUGACAUGGGAUGUCAUCACUCAGAGGACCCCUGAAGACCACCCAAGUUGAAGGUGAGUUUAAGAUUUUGCUCCUGAAUUUCAGUUAUUUUCACCGUUUCCAGUGCGGUACCAUGUGUCGCAGAUUUGGGUGUCAUAUGGUCAAACGCCAAAAAAGGGAAUAAAUAGUUUAAAUUUGGAAAUAUUAUUGAUUUACAUGUGAAAUAUAAAGUAUAAAAGCCAAGGUCAAGGAUGAAGUUAUAAGUAGGUGGCCAAGCAACUGCCUGUUAUCAAUGACAAAGCAUGAAACUGUCAUAAGGUCAAACAAUAAAUGUCAUAUGGACAAACGGUUUGACCUUAUGACAUGUUGUUGUACCAUAUGACACUGGGCAUUUAACUGAAUUAUUUAGUUAUUUCUUAAUGGUUUUACUACAUAUAUAGUUUGUACAACUAAUAUGAAUUAAUAUUAAUAUAUAUAAUAUAUUUCUGCCUAUUUUUAACUUUUUUUCACAUUUUUACAGAUGCCUCUUUCUAGUAAGGAGAGGUAUGCACGUUUCCGUGCAAAGCUAAUGGCAGAUCCUGCUGCUAGAGAGGAAAACCUAGCCAGGAGGAGGGAAAGGCAACGGCAGAGGAAACAAGCUGGAGAGGGUAAUCAUUACCAUACCGUCAAAGAACUGACAACAGUUGCACAUGCAAAGAAGAAGGAACAGUGGAGGCUCCAUCAGAAAAAAUGCAGAGAGAAAAAGAGGCAGGUGGAGGCAUUGAUGAAUUUGACACCGGUGUCUGAAGACUCUUUUGUGGACGAACACCAUGACCAUCCUGAGCCAUUCCAACACUUCUCACCACCUGGGCCAUCCCAACACUCCACACCACCGGGGCCAUCCCAACAAUGUUCAACCCCUCAUAAACCCCCAAAGAAGACCACCUCCAGCAGUCGAACAGGGCAACGUACAAAGAAACUGAGGGAGGAGAUAGCACAGCUGAAAAGGGACCUUGUCAAAGAAAAGAGAAGAGCAGAUAGAUGUCGGAAGAAAGCGAACAGGUUGAUGAUAACAAAACGCAGAAAAGAAAUAAAAAACAGAUCAACAAAGAUUUUCAGGAAGGGGCCAGCAAGAAGACGGAGUGUGGUGGAGUUCCUCACUAGGGAUGAAAACAGCCGUCUCCUACCUGGAAAAAAGGACACGGUUUCAAAGGACAGGGUUAAGGAACAGCGUCGUGUGUUGUCGAAGUCGCUUAAAGAGCUCCACAAGGAGUACAAUGCAGAGGUAGGAGAGGGAUGUGUAGUGUCUUACCGGCAGUUUGUUCGUCUCCGUCCAUUUUAUGUAACUGAGCCAAAGGCUAAUGACAGAAACACAUGUGCUUGCUUAGAUCAUGAAAAUGUUAGCCUCCUACUGGAGAAACUACACCAGAGUGGCCUUGUAGCCAGUAAAAGUACCACUGAAGCACUUGGCAACAUUGUGUGCGAUAUGAAAAGCCGGGAGUGUAUGCAUAGGCUGUGUACGAAGUGCUGCUACACUGAGAUGGAGCCACUCCUACCAGAUGAAUCCGGCCAGGUGUCGUGGAGUCAGUGGCAGAGGGAGAAGGUCUGCACUGAUGGAAAAACCUAUUCACAUUUUGUGAAGAAAACUCUGACUGGGACGUGGGCGGAUCUCGUGAAGAGUUUCAAUGAAAAACUUGACAGAUUGGCCAAGCAUCAGUAUACGUGGAUUCAUCAGGUGGAGAAAUGCAGAGAAGUCAAGAACAGUCUAAAACACCAUGAGGCUGUAGUCCACAUGGACUUUUCAGAGAACUACGCCUGUAAGCUGAAUGUUGAGGUCCAGCACUUCCACUGGGGGGGGAGUCGAAAACAGGCCACUGUCCAUACAUGCAUGGCUUACACGGAAGAGGGGUCACAAGCUUAUGCCACAAUAUCUGACUCCUUAAGACAUGACGAGCGGGCAGUAUGGGCACAUUUGAAGCCUGUGCUGGAUGACAUCCAACGCAAUCCAAGAAUCACCACUGUGCACUUCAUGAGUGAUGGCCCACUAACGCAAUAUAGGAAUAGGAAAAAUUUCUAUCUGAUGUGCACCUUGCCUUUUAUUCGUGGCAUUAAGGAGAUGACAUGGAACUUUUCAGAGAAGGCACAUGGAAAGGGGGCGCCAGAUGGUGUUGGUGGCUCAAUAAAAAGGAUUGCCGAUGCAUUUGUGCUUCAAGGAGGUGAUAUCCAACACCCUGAAGAAUUGUUUUCCUUUCUGGAAAAGUCAAAUUCGAGUGUCAAGUUCCAUUGGGUAUCAGAGGCUGACAUCGCCAGGGUGGAUGAGGCAGUGCCAGAUGUUUUGCCAGUAGUCAGAGGCACUUUGGGUAUUCAUCAGGUGACAACAAACACCCCAGGCAAGAUCUCCUGCAGAGAACUGUCCUGUUUUUGCCAUCGUAUGGGACUUUCCUGUGAAUGUGAAUCACCCUCAGUCCUAAAUUAUAAUACUGAAAAAGCUGCACCCUCUGCCACCAUUCCGACCCAAGAUGACGUGGUUGGAAAGAUGGUUAUAGUGUCUUAUGACAAAAAGCCUUUUGUUGGGCAGGUACUGAAGGUCGUCGGAGAAGAAGUCGAGGUCUCCUGUAUGCAGCAGUCUGGGACGAAGAAUUGCUUUGUAUGGCCCCAAAUCCGAGAUGUGGUGUUCUACUUCCAAACAGAUGUCAUUGCUGUCAUCUCAGAACCAGAGCCAUCAACCAGUCGAAGCUCAAGAUUGUCACUUGAGGACUGGGAAAGAUUCAUAUUGGUGUGAAAAGUUGAGCAAUGACCAGCCCUUUGUGGUAGUUGUGUGUGUACGUGUCAGUGUGUGUGCGUGCAUGUGAGUGCAUGGGUGGGGGGCGGAGGAUGUUUGUUUAUAUUAAUGAAAGAUAAAGUUACUGUUUCAACGAUGUUACUGUAAUGUUUUGUUAAACGUUUUUUUUGUAGCCAAGGGAAAAUCACAAAUCAGUUUGAGGAAUCUAUCGAUAUGAAACAUGAGCUUUGAUUGUAUUGUUAUAUUGUGUUAUUGUACAUUUUAUGAUAUUAGGUUGUUCAUAACCUUUUGAUGGCAGAUAUGAAUGUAACUGUUCUUUUCUUUAACUGAGUAAUGAAUUUUUCACAAUUUCUCAACUAUUAAUAAAAGGUUCACUUGUUCUUUGAAACUAUUCUGAAUUGACCUACAUCAAUUUAAUACAUUCAAAAUGCAAAGAAACAUUGACAUUGCAUGUCAUACGGUCAAACAAAAUAUGUCAUAUGGUAAAACACUGAAUUUUAUAAUAAAUCAAAUUAAUAAUUUGUUAUUCUACAUGGUUAAUGAAUGUAAUGGAGGAGAGAUAGUAUGAUAUAUAAAUAUAUAUAACCUUUGACCAUUUUUGAUGAAUUUAUAGCAAAAAAAUAGAACAAAUGUUAAAAGGUGAGACGCCGUAGUCAUUAAAAAACUAAAUAUCUAGUAUUUGUUGUGUAAGUGUUUAUAUUUUGAAUUAGUUAUAGAAUACUAACAUAUCAACUAUUACAUUUUUGGUGUUUUUUAACUGUGACAUGAAUAUCAAAUUUUAUUUAUUUAAAAAAAUAAUAACGUUUCACCGUAUGACAUUUUCAAGGACUGUAUACAAUGAAACGCAUUAAAAUUCCAUAUAUUGUUAUUUUUAACAAAGGGCACUUAUAAAAACUGAAAAUAUACAUAUAGAUUUACACAAAAAAAUCAAUAUUGGACUUCUCUUAUCAUUUUAAUUUGUUUACUGUUUUGAAAUUCUAAAACGUCAC